UUUAGUUAUGUUUACAAGAAGUGAGGUAAGGUGAGGAGGCCGAGGAUGAGCUGCGCCGCGACCUCCCAAGACACUGCCUAUCAUAUUGGCAAUGUCCUCUCUGGGUCAUGGGAACUUACUCAGAAAAUUUUCGAGAAUCUCAGUUUCCGAGAAGUAUCAAGAGUUCGAUCUGUAUGCAGGACUUGGGCAGACGUUGGUGCCAAAAUUCUAGAAAAACGCAGGAAAUUGCAUUACCUGACCAUACAUCCUCACAGCAUUCCCACAACAGAAGGCAAGGUGGCCUUAGGAGAAGCAACGGCCACUGGUCUGUUUGAAGGUUUCUUUGAUCAUAUUGUCAGUAAGCCAAGAUACUGCCUCGCCUUCUGUAGUGAAGAUUGGUCGAGCAAACCAGAAGUGUUCAACAUAAAGGAGGAAAGUGGAAAGUUGACACUUCUUCAGUAUUUAAGUGGGUCUCUACCAUCAUCAUGUGACUUUGGACUGGUGUCUGCCACAGGUGUUAUAGGAACAGUUGAAAACAACUACCAAGGACACUGCCUUGAGUCAGCCAAUAAUUUGAAUCAAGAAAUAUUGUCUUUCCUUCAUCAAAAAGAACCACAAGGACGAAAACCCAACAGGUGGUGUCGGAGGUCAGAAGAAAGUGGCAGUCAAAAACCAGAAGAAACCUCACAGAAAACAUCACCACCACAAAAGGAAGCUGCAUCUGUAAAUAGUUCUUCCAGCUCAUCAACAGAUACUAAGGACGUUUCUGUAAAUAAAAAUGAGAAGAGGCCUUGUGUGGGAUACAGCAUUGAGGUAGAACAGAUUAGUGACUCCAUGCACCAAACAGAUGCUGUUUCUUUAAUUCUGAUCCCACACCAUCCUGGAGUUCAGCUGAAGUUCUUUAAUCUCUGUGAUGUGAAAUUUUUGAAAGAAUAUCGCAAAGAUGAGGAUAUGAGUUGUGACAACCUCACUAUCUCUGCUGAUGAGUUCAACCACUUGACGUCACUGUCUCAGGAUGACCAUCUCAAAGCCCUACUUGUGUUCGAUGCUGGUCUUGAUGAAGGAUUUACAGAAGCUUUGAUUCACUCUGCUCUUCUCAGACAAAAUCAUAAAGUUGCACUUGGUGGUGGUAUAGCAGAUUGCUUGUAUGCUGGAAGAAGCAAUUCAUUCAGUCAGAGCAGCUUUGGUGUGGCUGUAUCAGGACCAAAUGUUAUGGCAGCAUCAGUCAUUAUCCCAAAAUAUGUUGAUAAUCCAAAAGUCUUUGAAGAAUAUAUGAAAGAGCUGAAAUCCUGUGGUCUUCCCGAAGACCAAAGUGUAGCAUUUAUGUUCACCUGUUGUGGCCGUGGCUAUUACUGGUAUAGACGUCGGGGUAAGCCUUGGUUUGAUUACGAUAAUGUGGAAACAAAGGCAUUUAGACAGUUCUUCCCCAACACACCCAUCUUUGGCUUCUUUGGGGGAGGGGAGAUUGGCUUAAACCACCUCCCCAAGUUCAGUAGACAAGAGGAGGAUGAGAGAGCCCCCCCUAAGAAGAGAAAAAAAAAGAUGUUUCACCAGGUCUCAACUGUCAUUGUUCUUUUAUCCUUUUUAUGAUAUACUUCCAUUGUUGAUUGUUGCAUAUCAUCAUAAUAGGUGAACUUAACUAUUAGUGUCUCAUCAUUAUGAACAUGUCAUUAUUAUUUUCAUUAUUUCAGUCACAAGAAGGUAGUGUUGCAGACACCGUACAGUACUGUACAGUACUUGGUUACAUAUAAUGUAGAGCCAUUAAAACCUUUAUUGUACUGUACGUUAAAUUGCAAUAUUCUGGAGCUGUAUUUUAAGUUGUACAUACAAAUUAUACUUUGCAAAUGUCUCACACUAUAAAGUCAGUUGUUCUUACCAGAGUAGGGACCAAGGGUGCAUGAUGGGACAAACACAAGGAAAAACAUAUUGUGUGAAGUUUGAACAUAUCCAAAAUGGUGAAUGUAAAGUCACCCUGAAACUUUGUUUUACAGCUUCCCUGUAUCUAUUAUGCAUUGUAAUUGUUUUCCCCUACUUCAAGAACAACCACAAAGUAAAGCAAUAUUCAGUACUUUGUUGCUAAGAAAAGAAGGAAACAUGCAGCAACUUUUUGUAAAUGUGGUGAUGUUAUGCACUUUUAUGGAAGAAUCUAUUACCAUAUAGUCAGCUAAGGUGUGACAUCAUACAGAGCAAAAGACAACCAUUAUCCUGUAUUCACUAUACUGUACUGUAUAGAUGAAUAACAUUUCAAACUCAAUUCAUUAAUCAUGAGACAGUUACGUAACCAAAUUAAGAACAGCUGUUUAAAUAUUACUGAUAGAUUAUUAUAAUUAAUUAUCUUGUUCAUAUCUGUAGGUAUAAGUUUCAUUUUUUGGCCAGGGAUACUGUUGGUGUCAGGUGAGGUCCCAGGUAAGUCACCUGAUAACAUUUUUCAUUGUAAUAAGUUUACCAUCCUUGUGCACCAUAACCGUCUAUUUGCAUACAGUAUUUUAUUACAGAAAAAAAAGUUGUUUGUUUCUUUCUAAUUGAUAUUAAUCAAAUUUUAGAGAUUGAAAAUGAGCAUUUAUAUUGAUUUGGUUUUAAAAUAAGUCACAGACCCUCAGUUGAAUGUUUGUUGUAUUUCUUAAAUAACAAAAUCAAGAAACUAGUGUUUUAUAAAUACUGUACUGUACUUUAAAUAAAUAAAAAUUAAAUUUAAUAUACAGUAGUUGAGAGCUCCUCUAAUACAAACUGAAUGGGUUUGUUGAUGUUCCAGAAGCCUCUAGUGAGUCACCACAUUUGUCAGAAGUAGAGAUUUACCAGUAAUUCCUUGACUUCCUUUCAAAAUUGUCAUUCUCUAAAUUAUUAAUUCUCUGGUGCCGACAACUGAUUCAUAUUAUUAAAUGGUAAAAAAAAACUUUUUUUCCAUCAUAAAAAUUCGUGAAGUACAGGGAUAUAGUUGUGCUACAUAAGGAAAGUAAACUACUUGUAUUAUCUUUUUAUCAUAUUAUUAUUAAGCUGUAAUAUGUGCUGUACACUGUUCACCCUUAUGCUGUACAAGUUAUUGCAGUUAAAUUUUGAGCUGUAACUAAAGCAACUUCCAGUGUCAGUGUUGAUGUCAAUGUAAUUUAACAAGGAUCUCAUCUGCUGGCAUCACACUCAGCAUUAAGAAGUUGAUACUUUUGUCAGAUGGUUUAUUUUUUAGUUUUUUACCCAAACUGUGCCUGAAUUUUUCUCAGACCAGUAUCCAUUUUAUUGAAUAUAUCAACAAUUACAUUGAAAUGAAAAUAAGACUGGAAUUGACCUUUACAGGCAGCAGUUUUUUCUAGAUAUGCCUUUCUGUUUACUUGUGGCUCGGGUUACAAAGAGUAUAUAGUUCAGGAUGGGAUCUGGCAUGUGGUUCAUUAUUUUACUUAGCCAAGUUAAUCUAACAUGAAGUUGUUCAGUCUGGUCAUCUGAUCAGAAACAAUGUUAAAAAAUAAAGAGGAUUCAUAUUAUAUGUAAUUUAGUAGACAUAUGUAAUUUACUAACAUGUAUUGAACUUUUGCAUUUAAUUCCUAUAUAUUUUAGGCAAUACUCAUGGUGACAAACAUCAUAACUGAACCAAUAACUGGUAAUCAAAUGGUACUUUACCUUUUUCUCAUCUCGCUUACUAAUUCUCUUGAUAUUUUCCAUUUACAGAUUUAAUUAGAAUAUUUCCACAUACAGUUCAAGAAUCCUUUAUCAGAAAACCAUGGGGCAGAUUACAGUACAGGGGGUCCCCGAGUUACAAACGAGUUCCGUUCCCAAAUCGGAACACAUACUUUAUGUGCACCAUAUCAGAGUGCAAAUUUAAUGACGAAAUACAGUAAAGGAAAGUAAAAAUUAAAGUUUAACAUUUUCAUUGAAACCUUGGACUGGCUGAUCUUCCAACCAUAUCACUAACAAUCUUUCCAUUUCAAUUAACAAUCCACUUCUUUGUUUUAUCACAGUUGAGUGCAUUUGUUUAGAUCCUUUUACAUGUUCAAUAAAUUUCUGGUUCUCUUUCAAAAUUGUUCCGAUCGUUGACCGACUGAAGCCCAACACUUUACCAAUGAUUGAGGGUGUUUCACCUUUUUCAAAAUGCUUAAUUACAUCAACUUUCACUUUCAUUGUAAUUGUUUUCCUUUUCUUGGAUGCCCUACUAUCACUUGCAUUAGGUUUGCAUUUGGGAGCCAUGAUGAAGGCAGAAUAAUAGUUAAUAAGUAAAAAACAACAGUUUGCACUUGAUCACACACAUUACUCAGGUGAGGGUAAGGUGUACCGACACUCCCUCAAGGCAUGUGGCUGGGCGACGCAUUACGCCCCACCCACCACUCCGUCUUGCGCUAGCAACGCAAAGUUCUCUUAUGUUACUACUAUGAACCAGUUGUAGCUAUGUCAGUUCUGAAUAUAAUUUACAUUAUGGGACCUCGUUCGUAUCGGUGGGUGCUCAUAAGUCUGACGUUCGUAACUCGUGGACACCCUGUAAUUAAAAUUUUCCAAGCAUUAUUACGACCACUAAUUACCCUGCAAUCGAAUCAUGGACCAUAGAUUCGGAAUCGGCAUGCUCAUGAGUACCUAUACUGAGAUUUUUUAGCAAAAUCUAAUUUUGGGCCGAAACCACCAAAAUGUAUGCCUUACAUCUUAGUAAUUUCUUGACCGAAAUAUACUUCUUUUUGGAAUUGGAAUUUAAGCAUAGGAAAUAUCACAAUAAAACACAGUUCACUGUGACAGCAUUAUAUUAACAACUAUGGUGGCAUAGCAUUUAAGCCUAUUACAUCCUCCCUAAUUAUAAGUUAUACAAAUUAAGAACAAGGUUAGUACAAGCACUACAAUAGUGUUACGUCAGAGAAAAGUUCAAGGAAUGUUGUCGUUGAUUAAUUUAAUCCUUAAAAACUUUUCUUAAACAGUACCUACAUAGCUGUACACAUAUAUCUGGCAGCCAGCACAAAUAUCCUAAUACCUGUACCAUGCAACUUACCCCUCAUUUUCACAUUCUGUGCCCCUUUACACUUUCUAUGUUUAAUUUUCUUCACUACACUCUUGUUACACUGAGAAUGAUGGAGAAAAGUAUACAUAUACAGUAUAUGAAUGUACACAUGCAUGAAAGAAGUGGAUACAACACCUGUUAACUAAGCCUUUGUCAGUCAUGAAAUAGUAGUGUAGCAAACAUUACACUCAACCAUCACCACUUACAUAGUCCACAACACACUACUACUGGUAAGAUAUGUGACAAACAAUAAACUUUUCAUACAGCUGCUAGAAUAUAUUUUUUCAUGACAAUAUCACUCAACAUAUGAAAGCUCAGGUCCUCCUCUCCCAUUGAAGAGUCAGAUGGUACGCAGGAAUACUAAAAUUUUGGACAAAUGUGUGACGAAGUAUUUCACAAGGAUACUGAAGAUAGACAAUAUUACAUAAUAACAAAGUUCUCGGGAAGAUGAUAACUCUUAAUACUAUGCCAUAUAUUGAUAGUUACUAUAUUAUACAGAUGCACUAAACAUAAAUGUCCUAAUAGUUAAUAUUAUAUAAAAGUGAGAUUUAAAUUUCAUGUAGAGAAAAUGCAUAAAAAUGUCUCAUUUCAAAUGAGAACAUAAAAUUAUAUAAUCAAAUUUCAUCUUGGAAUGAUACGGAAAACCUCUCCUCCUAAGCUAUUCUGUACUACGAUGUCAGUAAAUAUUGAUAGAAUAAUAAAAUUUUUGUUAUGUA